GGGGCAGGGGCAGGGCCCUCCCCACAGAUCCCGACCUAGGCAGCAGGACAGCGGGAGCGACACAGCGCGGCAAGAUGGCCAGUAAGACCAAGGCCAGCGAGGCCCUGAAGGUGGUGGCCCGGUGCCGCCCCCUGAGCAGGAAAGAGGAGGCCGCUGGUCACGAGCAGAUCCUGACCAUGGACGUGAAACUGGGCCAGGUGACCCUGCGGAACCCCCGCGCGGCCCUCGGGGAGCUGCCCAAGACCUUCACCUUUGACGCCGUGUACGACGCCAGCUCCAAGCAGGCUGACCUGUAUGAUGAGACUGUGAGGCCCCUCAUAGACUCGGUCCUUCAGGGCUUUAAUGGCACCGUGUUUGCCUAUGGCCAGACGGGCACCGGCAAGACCUACACCAUGCAGGGCACCUGGGUGGAGCCCGAGCUGCGCGGGGUCAUCCCCAAUGCCUUUGAACACAUCUUCACCCACAUCUCCCGCUCACAGAACCAGCAGUACCUGGUCCGGGCCUCCUACCUGGAAAUCUACCAGGAGGAGAUUCGAGACCUGCUCUCGAAGGAGCCCGGCAAGAGGCUAGAGCUGAAGGAGAACCCCGAGACGGGGGUCUACAUCAAGGACCUCUCCUCCUUUGUCACCAAGAACGUCAAGGAGAUCGAGCACGUGAUGAACCUGGGGAACCAGACCCGGGCGGUGGGCAGCACCCACAUGAAUGAGGUCAGUUCGCGCUCCCACGCCAUCUUUGUGAUCACGGUGGAGUGCAGCGAGCGGGGUUCCGACGGCCAGGAGCACAUCCGUGUGGGGAAGCUCAACCUGGUGGAUCUGGCUGGCAGCGAGAGGCAGAACAAGGCAGGGCCCAACACAGCUGGAGGGACAGCCAUUCAAUCCAUAGGUGGUGGCGGAGGUGGAGGAGGAGGUGGCGGUGGCAGCAAUGGAGAGAGGCCUAAAGAAGCCUCCAAAAUCAACCUCUCUCUGUCUGCCCUGGGCAACGUGAUCGCUGCUCUGGCAGGCAGCAGGAGCACACACAUCCCCUACCGGGACUCCAAGCUGACUCGGCUGCUGCAGGACUCUCUGGGGGGAAACGCCAAGACCAUCAUGGUGGCCACACUGGGCCCCGCUUCUCACAGCUACGACGAGAGCCUCUCCACCCUGCGCUUUGCCAACCGAGCCAAGAACAUCAAGAACAAGCCCCGGGUGAACGAGGACCCCAAGGACACGCUGCUGAGGGAAUUCCAGGAGGAGAUUGCCCGCCUGAAGGCCCAGCUGGAGAAAAAGGGGAUGCUGGGCAAGCGACCCCGGAGGAAGAGCAGCCGCAGGAAGAAGGCUGUUUCGGCGCCACCAGGGUACCCCGAGGGGCCGGUGAUCGAGGCCUGGGUGGCUGAGGAGGAGGAUGACAACAACAACCACCACCCGCCCCAGCCCAGCCUGGAGCCAGCCCUGGAGAAGAACAUGGAGAAUUACCUGCAGGAGCAGAAGGAGCGGCUGGAGGAGGAGAAGGCGGCCAUCCAGGACGACCGCAGCCUGGUGAGCGAGGAGAAGCAGAAGCUGCUGGAGGAGAAGGAGAAGAUGCUGGAGGACCUGAAGCGGGAGCAGCAGGCCACGGAGCUGCUGGCGGCCAAGUACAAGGCCAUGGAGAGCAAGCUGCUCAUAGGGGGCAGGAACAUCAUGGAUCACACCAACGAGCAGCAGAAGAUGCUGGAACUGAAGAGGCAGGAGAUUGCCGAGCAGAAACGCCGGGAGCGGGAAAUGCAGCAGGAGAUGCUGCUCCGCGAUGAGGAGACCAUGGAACUCCGUGGCACCUACACGUCCCUGCAGCAGGAGGUGGAGGUCAAAACCAAGAAACUCAAGAAGCUCUACGCCAAGCUGCAGGCGGUGAAGGCGGAGAUCCAGGACCAACACGACGAGUACAUCCGCGUGCGGCAGGACCUGGAGGAGGCGCAGAACGAGCAGACCCGCGAACUCAAGCUCAAGUACCUGAUCAUCGAGAACUUCAUCCCCCCUGAGGAGAAGAACAAGAUCAUGAACCGGCUCUUCCUGGACUAUGAGGAGGAGCAGUGGCGAUUCCAGCCGCUGGUACCAGCCGGAGUGAGUAACAGCCAGAUGAAGAAGCGGCCAACGUCAGCAGUGGGCUACAAGAGGCCUAUCAGCCAGUAUGCUCGGGUUGCCAUAGCAAUGGGGUCCCACCCCAGGUACAGGGCUGAGAAUGUCAUGUUUUUGGAGUUGGACGUGUCCCCUCCGGCUAUCUUUGAGAUGGAGUUUUCUCAUGACCAAGAGCAAGACCCGCGCGCACUACACAUGGAGAGGCUCAUGCGGUUGGACAGCUUCCUGGAGAGACCGGCCACGUCUAAAGUCCGGAAGUCCAGAUCCUGGUGCCAGAGUCCCCAGCGGCCUCCGCCCUCCGCCACACACGCCUCCCUGGCCCCCGCGCCUCUGCUUCCCACGACGGUGGACCGCGAGUGAUGGACUUCGGUCCAGCUGCCCGGCUCCCGGCCCAGGCGGCCACCCUGCUCACCUCCUCCGCAGCUUGGUGUGCGUGUGGGUGUGCGUGCGUAUGCGUGUGUGCUGCGUGUGUAUAAUGGGGUGCCCGCCCUUCUGCACCUCCUUUAUUUAAUUCAUGUUAUUUAUUUGUGGAGCCAGGCGUUGUCAGGGAGCCGCCCGGGCCGCUGUGGUCACUGCGUAGCCUCCUUCGCUCCAGACUGGAAGCCCCAGUCGGACCUGCAGCGCCUCCCGUGUCACCUGUGCCUGAGUGGCAGGCAGCACAGGGUUCACCGCCCGUGGCGGCGUCUCCAUCUCUGCCCACCUCUACAGCCCCUGAGUACUUUCUGGGACGAGAGCUGCCGGAGUCUGCUGAGGACGAGACAUCGGGACAGGGCUGAGCCUGUGCUCCCAGCGGACAGGGCUCUGCCCUCCACUCCCGGGCUCCAACCACUUCUUCCAGCCUCUCAGGCUCUUUUGCAAGGACUCUGAUGACCUCACCAACGCUCCGCUGUCCGGCAGCGUCAGCAAGAACUCGUGGCUUCCUCCCACUUCCUAGCCUUGGAUAGGAGUCGUGAACCAAGCGGUUGAUGCCAUGUCGGGACCGCAGGAAAUGGACCCGGACGAUGUAGACGGUCAUCAAGAGAAGUCCCUCCUCUGGGUCUCUUGGUUUCUGUCCCCUCUGCGAGCUUCCUUUGGUCAACAAGUCAUCAAACCAACUCCCCACUUUUGAGAUGCGGUGUCUUCCUGCUCUGGCCAAUUUCCUCUGCAGCCUCCAGAUCGCAGCUUGUUGGGAAGGGACCAGUGUCAUUUUACCCCUGCGCGCCCAAGGUAUCAAAACUGCCCUCUGCGUUCAGCACAGGAAACAGAGACCCAGGCAGAACCUGCCAGCUUUGUCACCCCUGUUUCCCAGUCAUGUUUUUGGUGCACUAUUUUGUUGAAAACGGACCCAUUCUUUACCACGGAUGAAAUUGGUCCCCUUUUCCUUCCUUUGUGACAGCCCACUAUGUCUGCAAGUGAUAAGUAAAUUGCUUCCAAGAAAAAAA